GAGCAAAAGUCUAAGAAAGAGAUGUUUGAACAAAUGAUGUCAUGUUUCAUACUAUAUGGUAUCACUCUUCUUGUAUAAAUACAACGCCCUUCCUAUGCACAAACUAACAAACAAACCACAUCAUCAUCAUCAUCAUGACCCAUCUCUCCUUGUUCCCUAAAAACACCAUGUUUAAGAUGGAACACAGUGAAGUAGCAGCAACUCUUCCGGCUGCUCAAUCUCUUUCGAGUUCGUCGUCUUCUCCUCCGGCGGUCGUUAUCAGCCCUUGUGCCGCUUGCAAGAUUUUGAGGCGCAGGUGCGCUGACAAAUGUGUGUUGGCACCUUAUUUUCCUCCGACGGAACCGAUCAAGUUCGCCAUAGCUCAUCGGGUCUUUGGUGCCAGCAACAUUAUCAAGUUCUUGCAGGAACUUCCAGAGUCUCAAAGGUCAGAUGCAGUAAGCAGCAUGGUGUACGAGGCUAGUGCGAGAAUCCGGGACCCGGUUUACGGUUGCGCCGGAGCGAUUUGUCAUCUGCAAAAGCAAGUUAACGAUCUUCAAGCACAAGUUGCCAAAGCUCAAGCCGAAGUGGUCAACAUGCAGUUGCAGAAAGCCAACCUUGUGGCCUUACUUUGCAUGGAGGCGGAGCAACCCCCGCCAUCGCCUCAUCCGACUUCCCUCGAAUCCGUCGACGAGUUCAUCCGCAGCCCAAGUUUCUUGGAAGGCAACAACUUAGAGUCAUUAUGGGAGCCCGAGGCUCUAUGGACAUGAAGAUUGAUGAAGCUCUAUUAGCAUGUUCUCAAAUUAUACAAGGUCCCAUGAAACUUAAACUCCCCCAACUCUAAACCAAUGGCUCCAAAGGAGGAGAAGUUGAAGGAGAUUCUAUUAGAUAAUAAAUUUGAACUUAGUAUUAGAUGAAAGUAUAGGAUCUAAUCACUUUGUUAAAGCUAUGGCA